GCUGCUGGCACCCUGUACCUUUUGCCAUUUAUUCUCCCUCACUUAGUGGUCUCGAAGUAUGUGCCUCUCUUUUCUUGAUGAACCACAACUGUGAGGAGUCUUGAGGAGCCUACGCAGUGCCAAAUGAGAAUCUUCAACCGGUAACAUACGUUAAUAUAUCCAUUGCGUUUGCCCUGGGAAGUGCGUCGGUUUGCCUCCGUUUAUACUGUCGAUGGCGGUUCAGGACAUCUGAACGCGAUCACAUGAUGUCUGUAUUACUCUUGGGAAGUAUUCAAGACACUUCUUGUUGCCCUACUGAUUCGCCUCAAGUUUGUGAAUACUAUGUAGCCGAUAAUUUUGUACAUAUUCUUACAAUAUGAAUGUGGAGGUUGAGAAAGAACGCCUUUGUUCUGUGUACAAAUGUUACCCUGAAUUUAACAGGCAUGCGACUCGGUUGCCGGAUUCCCAGCUGGGGAAGAUCACCAAGGCAGAAUAGUUAAAUUGAUCUCUCCAAGUCAGGAAGUUAACCGGCACAGUGGCUUUUCGUUGAAGGGAUCUGUUAUAUGUUUACCCACUGGACCAUAAAACAGGCAUUCCUAAUAUUUUACCUUAGAUUAUAGCCUCAGAGAGUGUUCAGGCUCGCAGUCUACAGUAGCAUGGCUCUGGUUACGACAUUUACCAUUGUCAACUGGCUCGUACCUAUCCCUCAACGCCCUCUACUCGACGCAAUCCUUCAUCCGGUCAAAUAUUCCUACACAGCGUGCAUCAAUAGGUUCGUGGUGCUAAUGGUUCCAUUUGUCCUGGUGUGUGCAACAGAGUCCUCAAUCAACUUCAACCCUCCUAACUGCAGCAGAACAUCAUCACCGAUCUCAUCAUCCUGGCGCUCCCUGUUUCCACUGUUGGUUGCGCUUCAGGCGAGCCGAAGACGCAAGGUGAUGGUUCUCGCUAUAAUUUGCUUCUUGUCCUUUUCGGUGAUUACAGCAUUAUGUCGUUUCAUUGCCCUGAAAGGACUCGCCAUAGACCCCGAUACCUCCACUAUACUUGGUAGAAUAGCCAUUGCCGCUGGGAUCGAAAUCGAAGUCACUGGAGUCGCUGUGAGCCUGUCUGCUAUGAAGUCGCUCUUCCUGACGCUGUCUGGCAGCUCAUAUGAGGCUUCUCUCUGUUUUAGCCAACCGAGACAACGCCGGGGGGAUCGUUCCGACCCGGGUAUUUACAUGGUCCAGUCAACCUGGACCGAUGCCUGGAGUGGGAUGCGUGGUAUAUGCGGGCCCUGCGUGUGGACCGAGGUAGUGCAGGGCGUUGACAGGUACUGGAACUUGGAAUGCUGGUGUCGAAACGCUCCAAAUAAGGGUGAGCCGCUUCCCAAUAGUGGGGGGACACGGCAAGAUGAUUGUGUUUGUAAGGUUCAGAGAGUAUCCCUGGGCAUCGUCUACAAUCGAGUAAACAGGCAUCGACCGAGGGCUGAUAGGUGCGAUCGUGAGAGUGAGCAACGAUGGCAUCCUUCACUGCCAUAGAAUUGCAGCGGAGCUAUAUCGGAAAGGCAUGACGGGCCAACCGAGACAUGUGCGACAACCGCUACGCGGAAUGGCCAUGGUGAUGGGCAAGCGAGAUAGAAGCAAGCUCUGAACAUCGCCUACUUCGUGAUUGGCUCAUUCAGCCUACAUUCCUGUAUCGCUCCAAUUCGAUACUGCAACAGUAGCGCAGUUGCCCGCCUGUUUCUGCCUUUCUAUACUUGACGUUAGUAUCCUUGCCCAGUUGGGGGCUCUAUAGAUACAACAACAGAAGCAUGGUUUGCAUAUAACGGGAAGUCCUAGCUCAUAAAUGCUACUGCGUAUGUUCAUAGUAUAUUGGAUUCUCUAUUGUGGAUUUCAAGCGAGAUACAACAUUUACACAAAGUGGCUGAUGAUAGUGACAAAUAUAUGGACAUACAGAUACACAUCCAGUCUCAGGAU